UGCUACUGUGUUAAACGUCAAAAAACGUAAACAGGACGAAUCGUGUAUCAACCGGCUUUGUUGGCGCUACUUUUGUUGUUUUUCCUCAGUUUACUUAAAAAUAAUCACAUAAAUUCAUUAUGGCUUCUGCUAAAAUAGAUACUGAAAUGCGAUCGAAAAUCGACACCGUAUGUACAACAGCAGAAGCAUUCGUAAAGCUGUACUACGAUCAUGCGGAUAAGAAGCGCCAGCACAUGGCGCCACUGUACAUGGACACGGGGCUGCUCGUGUGGAAUGGAAAUGGUGCGAAGGGAAAGAACGAAAUACAGAAAUAUUUCCACGAGCUGCCACGCUCGGAGCACACAGUGAUAUCGAUCGACGCACAGCCGAUUGUAGACGAUGCCGUAUCCUCUCAGCUCACCUUCGUCAUGCAGGUUUCCGGUACGGUAAAGUACCAAGACAACCCAGCAAAACCAUUCCAGCAAACGUUCAUGAUCACCGCCCAGGGAGACAAAUGGAAAAUCGUUUCGGAUUGUUUCCGCCUACAGGAUGCCAUUUUGUAGUGUUAAGAAACAGCAUCAUUUAACUUUAAUAUACGAUUAAAUGGCAA